GCCACGAGCUAGGAUAUAUACUGAUAGACCUCUCAAUAAUGGUGGUCCGCCCUAAGUGUGGUGAUCACCCCGCCCGCUCCGUGAACGCCAUGACCUUUCUGCACUUGUUUGGCAUUCUGGCAACUACGACGAUGGGGGGCGCGGAGGCUUCUGAUGUCGCGGCGGGAAGGCAGCAACAACGAAUUGGUGGCAACGGAGAAAGGCCGGCUGCGGCGGUGGCGCCGUCGUCUAUCACUAUCGCCCCCGCCGCCGGUUGCCCUAGCCGAUGCGGCGAUCUAACCUUCGACUUCCCGUUCGGUAUCGGCCCCAACUGCUCUCGCAGCUCCGAUUUCGAGCUCACAUGUAAUGACACCACUCAGCCUCCUAAACUCUUCAUGAGUGAUGGCACCACCCAGGUCAUCGACAACAUCACCAUUGUUACCACGGAGAAUGCGGCCUCCAGUUCAGAUGACUCGGUUAGCAUCGACUUCACCUACACCAUCUCCUUGAAUUCAUCAGUUUACUGGUCUUUGCCUUUGAUAUCUCUUGGGAAUUCUUUCGAGCUAUAUUACUCGGGCCUUAUGUUUUCUGGCUGUGAUUUCGACGUACACUGGAUAAACCAUCCGGUGAAUACACCGACGUCCGCGUCCAGCUGCACAGCUACCUGCCCUGACGGUGAAUUCACAAACAUUACUACUGCACCGGACUACUGUGGUUCCGACAGCACUGGAUGUUGCACCAUCUCCUUUGGUGACGAGGGCUUUUCUGACCAAAGUUCAUUUCUGUCUUCUGUCCAACUUAAAUUCGUUCGUCAUCAUAGUGGAGCUGAUUCCAAAUUACACUUCCACAACUCCAGCCUAUUGCGGGAUACUGUCAAUGUCACUGCUGCUUCCUUGUCUGCCAAAUGGGGAAUCAUUGAUCAGCUAACCUGCGCAAGCGCCAUUAAAGACAACACAACCUAUGCUUGUGUUAGCAGUAGCAUCAUCUGUCAAGAUAAUAACAUAGGUAUGGGUUAUGGCUACAAUUGCAAGUGCAAGAAAAGGUACAUGGGCAAUCCAUAUAUUAUUGACGGCUGCAAACCGGACGGAGGUUACAGUCCUCAACAUAAAAGCAACUGUACUCGCACAUGUGGGACUAUAGAUAUUCCGUUUCCAUUCGGCUUGGAAGAAGGCUGCUUCGCAAGGGAAGAAUUUCAGCUCAACUGCAACAACACGGCAUCGUCGCCACCUACACUCCUUUUGGACUCGGUAUAUAACUAUCACGUGGCUAAUAUAAAUGUUGAGGAAGGGCUUAUUGAAUACACUAGACCGGACCAAGAAACAAAUCCUGACAUUAUCGGUAUCAAUGAUAACAUUUUGUACGGACGAGAUCUUUAUCUUAGUUAUGGUGAUAACGUUGCCGUGCAAUGGGUUGCUGCCCAGUUAACCUGCGAGGAUGCAAAACGUAAUCUGUCCGGGUACGCAUGUGCAAGUGCCAACAGUGAAUGUAUAACGAUCGGACAUGAUGACUACGUUGGUUACAGAUGCAGUUGCGCACGAGGAUACCAUGGAAAUCCGUACGUCAACAGCAGCUGUGUAGAUAUCGACGAGUGCCUUCAACCAAAUAUUUGUCCCGAGAUGUGCAACAAUACCGCUGGGAACUAUACAUGCAUUCCAUGCCCUUACGGCACAUGGUAUGAUCCAGUGCAAAGGCAAUGCACAAGAAAGCACCAACAAAACCUUCUCUUAGGUAUUGCUAUUGGCCUAAGUGUUGGCCUUGGAAUUCUACUUGUCUGUUUAAGUGGGGUUUUCCUUAUCCGUAGAUGGAGAAGAAAUAUCCAAAGACAAUUGAAAAAGAAAUAUUUUCGGCAAAACAAAGGUCUUCUUUUGGAGCAACUAAUAUCUUCAGAUGAAACCCAAAGUGAUAACAAAAUUUUCUCCUUGGAGGAGUUGCAAAAGUCAACAAACAACUUUGAUCCCACACGUAUUCUAGGUAGUGGAGGACAUGGUACGGUCUACAAAGGCAUCUUAUCGGACCAACGUGUUGUGGCCAUAAAAAGGCCGAAGGUCAUCAAUGAAGGAGAGAUUAAUCAGUUCAUCAAUGAAGUUGCCAUACUCUCUCAGAUAAAUCACCGUAAUAUCGUAAAACUUCUUGGAUGUUGUCUUGAAACCGAGGUCCCUCUACUGGUGUAUGAUUUCAUCCCUAAUGGUUCACUAUAUAAGAUUAUACAUGAUGGUCAUCAGAGUAAUAAUGAAUUCUUGCUGUCAUGGGAUGAUUCCUUAAGGAUUGCUACAGAAGCUGCUGGCGCUCUCUGUUACCUUCAUUCUGCGGCAUCAGUAUCAGUUUUUCAUCGUGAUGUGAAGUCUUCUAAUAUACUCUUGGAUGGAAGCUAUACCGCAAAAGUUUCAGAUUUUGGAGCCUCAAGGUUAAUUCCGAUUGAUCAAACUCAUGUCGUUACAAAUGUACAGGGCACAUUUGGGUACCUAGAUCCAGAGUAUUACCAUACUGGGCAAUUGAAUGAGAAGAGUGAUGUCUAUAGUUUUGGUGUUGUUCUUUUAGAGUUGCUCCUUAGAAAGGAGCCAAUCUUUACGAGUGCUUCUGGAUCAAAGCAAAACUUGUCAAAUCACUUCCUUUGGGAGAUGAGAUCAAGGCCAAUCACUGAAAUUGUUGCCCCUGAAGUUCUUGAUCAAGCUUCCCAGGAUGAGAUUAGCACGGUUGCCUCUCUUGCCCAGGAGUGCCUGAGGCUCCAAGGUGAAGAAAGACCUACUAUGAAGCAAGUGGAGAUGAAAUUACAACUUUUGAGAAAUAAAGAUUUGAGAUCAUGCAAUGGUACUACGGAAAGCAGUUACGAGAUACAACCACCAGGACCUACAAGACUUGCAACACAUCGCCGUCAAUCUUUGUCAACUGAUGGAAAUAAUAGAGCCAAUGUAGCAUCUUCAGGCUGCUAUAGCUUGGAGCAAGAGUUUCUGUCAUCUGCUAGUUUACCACGAUAA